UUCUUUUAAAGGAAAAAAAUAAGGAGCCUUGCCAGACUUUAUGUAAACAAUAACAGUACAGUUUCUAAUCUCGCAGAUAAUAAACAAAAGAUAUCGUAACUAACUUUUAGAGCGUGCAAAGAAGAAACGUGCAAAGUGUUAUCUAAUUUGUGAAAUUCCUAAUUGUUUAUAAUAUAAAAAAUAUAAAAAUGCCUAUUACGUGUAAAUCAGGUUGUGGGAAAAAUGCUGCAUUAAAGCGACCUAAAACCGGAGAUGCGUUGUGUAAAGAAUGUUUUUUCAGAGCCUUUGAACUAGAAAUUCAUCACACCAUAAUAACUAAUAAUUUAUUUGAAAGUGGACAAAAAGUAGCCAUUGCAGCCAGCGGGGGCAAGGAUUCGACCGUCUUAGCUCAUAUUUUAAGACUCUUGAAUCAACGUUAUAAUUAUGGCUUAGAAUUGGUGCUAUUAUCUAUUGAUGAAGGUAUAACCGGUUAUCGAGACGAUAGUCUGGAGACAGUCAAGAAAAAUCGGGAUGAUUACCAAAUGUCUUUAAAGAUUCUUUCCUAUGAAGAAUUAUACGGCUGGACUAUGGAUCGUAUAGUUGCUCAGAUAGGUCGCACAAAUAAUUGCACAUUUUGUGGCGUUUUUCGUAGACAGGCUUUGGAUCGUGGUGCCAAAUUAUUAAAAGUGGAUAGUAUUGCUACCGGCCACAACGCGGAUGACAUAGCCGAAACCGUUUUAAUGAACAUUUUACGAGGCGAUACGGCGAGAUUGAGUAGAUGUACGGACAUUAAGACAGGUAGUAAUGAUGAUAGCAGUAAUGAGAAUUGUAUACCACGAGUGAAACCUUUAAAAUAUGCAUACGAGAAGGAAAUUGUUAUGUAUGCACAUUACAAGAAACUAGUAUAUUUUUCUACGGAAUGCGUAUUUGCGCCAAAUGCUUACCGUGGUCAUGCGAGGACGUUUCUAAAAGAUUUAGAAAAAAUACGCCCUUCAGUGAUAAUGGAUAUUAUAUAUUCCGGUGAACAAUUAAGAUUUAAAGAUACAGUAAAGAAACCGAUAAGAGGUACAUGUGAACGUUGUGGUUUUGUAUCAUCGCAACAACCUUGUAAAGCCUGCAAAUUAUUGGAAGGUCUUAAUCGUGGUCUGCCUAAACUUGGCAUAGGGAAAAAGUCUAAAGGCGACCGGAUGAUUGCGCAGCAAGAAAAGGAAUUAAAGCUAAGGGAACGAGCUAAUUUAGUCAAAAACGACUUUUAAAUAAAAGAGCAGAUAUUAAUUUUUU